UUGAAGCGAGGACGACCGUUAACGGCUGCGAGAGUCGAGCGGGACCUGAGACCGGGGCCUCGCGUCAGAAAGAUUUGGUUGAAGAGCUGUCCUGAUUUGCUAAGGAUGACCUCGACGGAUUUGCAGGAUUUAUCAGUUCACAUGAACAACAAGAUAUCUUUGAUUAAAAGGUCCCUACAACUGAAGAAAAUGGGUUAUGAUCCUUCUCAGACAAAAGUGCUGCAGAAGAUUGAGCAAGAAUUAUCUGACAUCUGGUAUCUGUUAGAUACAUUUCAGGCAGAGAUACUGCGACAGAAAACUGACCUGAAAGUUAUCAAGGAUCUCAGAAAUUCAGUUGAUGAAACUCAUAAAACAGCACAGCACCUCGUAGAAAAUGUCCCAUCUCAUCUACCAAAGAAAGCUGCUCCAACCAGCUCAGCAACCCAGAAAACUGAAGCAGUGCAACCGGAUCCUGAUAAACCAGAACACACAAAGAAUUCCACCAAACCCAAGCAAUUUGUUCGAGGGAUGGAGUUCCUUGUGAUCGAGGAAUUCAACCAGAUUCCCACGUACAUGAAGGGCCGAAUGACGUACGAUCAGAUCAAUGCUGUGAUCAAGGAGUUGAACGAUAUUGUGAAAGCAAAAUACAAGAUUCUGAACCAGCCACUGAAAUCCAUGAAUAACACCACUCGCAACCAAUACCAUUCCUUUAAAGAACAGGAGGUCAAGGAAACAAAAGGUCAAUAUUUCUUUGUAGAAGCCGACAUCAAGGAAUUUUCCAACCUCAGGGUUGAUAAGAAGCUGCACGGAGUCUUUAACGUCCUGCGGCACUGCCAGCGAAUGCGGGAGGUCCGUGGAGGGAAGCUGGUCCGCUACAUGCUGCUUUAGGAAAUCCUUUCCAUGUUGGACUUAGAUUGGAAACCGAAGGAAGUGUAUCCUGUAAUUAAGGCCGGAAAUGGAUCAACCCAAGGAAGAUUUGUUAGAGAAAUUACUGUUUGCUCUGAUUUCAUUGCUUAAAAGAAGUACACUACGGCCAUACUUACCAAAGGACUUUGCUAUCCUGUGGGGAUAUUUACUCAAACUCUCAACGUGAUCUGAAAAGGAUAGCUCCAUAAUUUGGCAAAUUAAUAAACUUUCUAAUUAUUCCAAUGAUUCCAGUACUUUGCCCGCAACCAAGGCUCAAUGUGUGCUUUUGGAAGGCGAGAGUGCUACUAACUCGGCCGUGUUAAUUUGGGGAUUUGGUUGGAACGGAAAUCUAUUGCGAGUUUUGAGAAUUUACUUUCUGAGGGUUUUUUGGGGGGGAUCUGUGGGAUUUCCUUUGCAAGGUGCGAGUCCAGCAGUUCCUUUCAGAUAAGACGAUUAGGAAACCGUGUCAGAAUAGGCCAUUCAGCCCAUUAAAAAGGCAACUAUCUUGUGAUCUGUAUUUCACCUUCCUUCAUCAGUGGGAGUGCAAGUUACUUUGUGUUCCUUAUGCUGCGUAAUAGUGAUCACAAAGAUUUGUGGACUCUGCAGAGAGUUUUUCUUUUGAAAGUUGUUCUAAUUUUAUUGCUUUAUUUUUGUAGAUUAAACAAUAAAAUAAACUGCUUCUGUUUAUAACAA